UGCCGUCGCGAAUCGAUCGUGAUUCGUGCGCUGGAUUAAUUACCCUUGUGCAUUGUUAGUGCAUUGGAUCGACGGUACUACACGCUUCCGUUUCAACCGUUAAGAAAAGGAUUCCAGAUCUACUACGCAGAGCAUUUGAGAUUCCUGGCACCAUCAACCAUCGGUACGCCGUUCGAGAGAAAGCGAGACGAAUUGGUCUAACCCAGAGUCCACUACAACCACUUGGAAAGUGAAUCUCUUCGACGAACGUGUUGGUUGAUACAGGAACGAAACUAAGAACUUAUUGUCGAUAAUGGAAACGGAAGAGGCGCCCAAAGAAGUCACCAUAACGGUGUCUAGCAACAUCGACAACAUUAUCCGUACCCUGGUAGCGAACGAGGAGGUAGUGUUCAAAAGCCAACAAAGAGGUGAAGCCGAACCGAGCGAAUCCGAAAAAACCGACAUUGCUUUGAGAUGUUACGAGAACAGCAAACUCAAUUUCCUGAUAAAAUUUGGCAAGCAUCUCGACCGCAAUCAGCUCAGCCACUUCGACCGGUUCACUGCUGAAUCCGAGCCGAACUGGGAAGAAACGGGUAUAGUGCUGGCCGAAUUGACGAAAAAAAAUUCUCGACAAUUGGAGGUUAAAAACAGACGUUAUAAGGCGUUGCAGCAGAUGAUAAAAGAAAACGCGUACUUUUCUGAAAUAGAAAUGAUGAAAAGGAAUCCCCUUCUUUACGAGCAACUGGUGGGGCAGUAUUUAACCGCUGACGAAAAGAGGGAAAGGGACAAAUACGUUAUGGAGAAGGGGGUGACGUUCGUUAAAAUAUUGAUGGAAGGAAUCGAAAGGGACAACGCUGAGCACUGGAUGAAGUUGCAGCAACAAAAAGAAGACAACAAGAUGGAAGAAAGCGAAUCGUCCGAUGAAGACGCUGAGCUGGCUACCGGUAACGUAAGAUGGGGGGAGUUUGAGGAGGACAAAAUGGCCGUCACUAAAAGCAAGAAGAGAUCUCCGAUGGUAACGGCGCAGGAGCGGCUGCUGCUGAGGCAGGAGUUCGUGACCACCAUGUAUCAAAAUUUUCUGGACGGCAAAGACGAAGCUUUCGAUUACAGCGACGUGGACGAUAGUGCUGUUUACGACAACGUCGAAGAAAUUGAACACGAUGCCGAAGAUAGAUAUUUCGAUUCCGAAGAGGCGGCGGAAGUUAUCGGGGAUGGCCACCAAAGCUCCGAAGAUGAGCUGGAUAUUUAUAUGAAUGCUUUGAAUCAGCACCCUGCGGUGUGUGACCUGGCGCACAAUAUGACUCGUCUGUAAUAUUGUAAUAAAAGUUUCAGUUGAACACAUGAUUUUCUAAAUAUUUAAAACCGUUUCGAUUUUUUUUUUUUGAUUGUCAGAAUAUUUUUUGUCUUAAAUACAACUCCCCGUAUAUGUUAUCUGUAUUCAAUUAAAAAUAUAAAUUUGCAACGACAGGAACCUUUAAAUAUGGUUACCGUAGAAGGGGCAACUAGGGCACCGUUUCGAGACGUUUUUUCGAAUAAGUCAAAAAGUUGUUCGCAGAAUAUCCUUGAAAAUAAAAUUGGUCAUACCGAUAUGAUAGUAAAAUAUAAAUAAAUAAAUAGUUGGGCCGAUUUGUAAAAUACGCUACACAUUCUAAUUAAAUCAGUACUGAUUUUUUUUUAAUUUUACAAUAGCGCCAUCGCAGAUUUUUUUUAUUGAAUGAAAAUACUUAAUGCGACUUAAAAAGUAAGGUACAUUUUAAGUUUUAUCGAAGAGUAUUUAUUUAUUCGUCAAAAUUAGUAUUGCCCAAUUAAAAGUAAUCUCCCCCAGAUAUAAUACACUUUUGUCAACGUUUUUUCCAAAUCUCAUAGCACUUCUAGUAAGCACUUCCAGGAAUUUUUUCUUUAUCCUCCCAAUCGUUCCAAACAUUUUUCAACACCAUUUGUUUCACUUUUCCAACGCUUUCAUCAGUUAUUGACGUGCUGGAGCAUCCAAAGCGAGGUUCGUCAUCGGCAACUUUUUUAUCCAAAGUAGAUUCAGUAUAUGCUGUUGUGAAUAUUUGAAGUGUUUUGCAGCACUAUGUUCCAUUUUUUACAUAUUUUUUGAAAAUUGUUUGCUCCAUUUUUUUUUUCACAGUAGAAAAUCGCCGAACACAGAGAACACGUCUAACGCUUCUAUCUCACAACAAAAAGUAAACGUAUAAACUGGCUGAAACUGUGAACGUAUGUUAGGGACAUGUGUACCAACAUAACAAAAAAAAUAUCGAAGAUCGAAUGUACAUAGUCCGCUCAAUUACAAGUCACUUUACUUUUUGAACACACCUCGUAUUCCCCUAAAUAUUUUUACCAUAUACGCACACUGCAUAUAUAUGUACCGUUAAUACCCGAAAACCGUUUGUAUGCAUAAUAACUAAGUAUUUUAGAAAUUAUGCGUAAUUGCCGAAACUCUUACUGAUUUUGCAUAAUAGCUAAGAAUAUUAGCAAUUAUCCGUAAUACCUAAAACAUUUAUUCAUUUAGCAUAUUUAGAAGUUAGAAGAAAUUUCAAUUUUUGUAUAGCGUGCGUGUUGAAAAGCGUGUGAAAUUUCCCGGGUAGUGUAAAUAUAUUUUGAUUUUCCUUAAUAAAAUUUUCUUUAUUCGAAUCUAAAAUGGACUUUUAUUUAGAUAAUAAAUGAAGGCGUAUGCAGCUUGGAAAACCUAAAAUUGGUGUAACAUUUGUCUUAACUACAACAAACUCUAAUUAAUAGUAUUAUUGUUAAACAGAAUCUGUUUUUUUUGCAACCAAAGGGCAAAACGUUAAAGCCACCCUAGGCCUCAAGUGUUAUAUAACAUUUUUGUAAAUUCAUUGUUUGACCCAGUGUCAAUUUUAAAAUUUACCCGCGUAUUAUUUAUACACAGAGAUUCAGUCCACUCCCAACUGUCUUUAAGCUUAUCUACUGUAAUACUAGAAACCAAAUAAGUUAAGGUUGUCCAUAUGUAGAAACGUUUCUUGCAGAGCUUUGCGGCUCAGUGCUCUAACAACAUUUUAUUAGUUUUUUUAGCUCAGUUAAGUAAUGAUCAAAAAUUUCACUCCCUUCUUGUUUUUGAUAGUAAAAAACGACUCUUUCAUUAAUCGUUUUGCAAUGGAUAGUAGUGAUGUAAGUCAUAAGAUCAGUUCUUGUUUAAAUAGAUUGCAUAACAACUACAUCUUCAGGUACUCCUGUAAAAUUGUUAGUCAAAAUCAAUAUUAAUGGUUAAAUUAUUAUGCAAAAUCACAAACAGUUUUCAAUAAUUGAGCAUAUUGCCUAAUAUGCUCAGUUAUUAUGCAAAAUCGAUUAACAGUUUCAGUGGUUUUUCUGUACAUAGAGGUAUUAAACUGAGUUGAAUCCGAUCUUGUGACCAAGAUAUAGGGAAUGAUAUUGCUCUGUUUUUCUUGCAUUUUCUAAUUAUAUUGUAAAUUCUUCCAGUUACGGUGUUGGGUCCUUGGUUAAUAAACUAUAUUAUCCGUCUCCCAAUAUCAAUAUUUUGAAUUACGGUAGCAUUUCCAUUAUCAGUUGGACGUAGCUUAAUAAUUUUGUCUUAUUUCAGGUUCAUCCGUUCUGGUUCUAUUGUUUGUUGGCUUUGUUUAAUUCAAGGGUGGUUCCGAUUUCUCACUUAAACUCUUCGUUGCGGUUGAUCCAGCUUUUUGUUCCCUGCUUUGCUUAUUAUAUCCAGAACCUUAACUUCUUAGUCUAAAGCAAAGAAGAUUACGGACAACGCCAGUCGCGCACUGGUCCGCAUGGAAUAGUUCGAGGAAGAAGCUAUCACAUCAACAACUAACAAACCUAAAUUUUGGUUGAGAUAUGUCCACGACACCUUGAAAAUAUUGCAUCACUCCAUGUAUAAAACAGAGCAAUACCAUUCCUCGAUGUCUUCGUCUUGAGAUCGGAUUCAGCUCAGAUUAAUACCUCCAUGUACAGAAAAAUCACAGAUACGCAUCAUCCAACCACGAGGAAUUAUUCCAAUCACUAUAGAAAAUAGCAAAGGCUAUCUCCAGCAACUCUUGACGAUGAAGCAAAACAAAUUAAAGAAGAUUUAAUGCAGAACGGUUAUUUUUAAGACUGAAGAACAAGUUAUUUCCAACUCUCAAUAUGAGGAGAAUAGCAACAAAAUAAAAAGUCAAAAAGCGCCCUAUGUUAUAGGCAAACUAUAAGAAGUUUAAUGACGAAAACCAAACCAGAGAACAUCACAGACAAAAAAAAACUGUAGGUACUGCGAUUGUGGAAAAUCUAACGUACAUGGAGAAACAAAUAGAUCUGGUCGUCUCUUGGACAGAACAUGACAGAAUAAAAUUAACAAACGCCAGAAUUCUACAAGAAGUUGAAUUUUCUGGUGAAUUUUGGUUUUUACGGUAUAAUUUAAAUAUUUAUGUUUCGAAAACGUUCAUGUAUUACACUUUCAAAAAUUCACAAUAAAGUUUAAUUUACACAAAAGAUAAGGUGGUCACAUCUUGACGAAUUUGUUAAAUUAAGUUUUAAUUAGUUUUUACAUUAGUAACUAAUUAUUACAGUAGCAAAAAAGACAUUCAAAUUAUCAAUCAAUCGACAAGGAAACCACCGAGAACCUGAGAAGACCACACUUUUCAAAUUAAUAUUGGUAAUACAAAAUUUCUUUGAUCGCAUAAACUAGGUAUAAUACAGCCUAGACCCAAUCAUGUUCAAAUUGAAAUCCAUCUACUUCAAUGCAUUUUGUCAUAAGCCUUCGCAAUUUGGCUGAACCAAGCAGAAAUAGCUUUUAUUUCCAGUACUAAAUUGAGCCGUCAUUCGGGAUCUCACCAGCCGAUUACUGGCAGGCCAUCAUAUAGCUUAACUAUUUCCACUUAUUCCACACCAUAUUUAUAACAUUUUCCCCAUUAGAAUCAAUUCGGAGAAAAUAUUCGUUUCUCGGCUCGCUUGAACUGCCGAUUUCCAAUAAAUGUCUAUCCAAUUUGGCCAAUAAUUGUAGAUGCGAUACCACCCGCUGCGGAUAUUGAUUUAGAUACCGUUCAUUAGCAAUUCUGGAAUUUCUGAGAGAAUUGUAAUAAAUACUUAACGUAUCUCGUUUUUCCCCUUUUUAAAGCAUCUUUUUUUCUAUAAAGUCGACUUAUACAAACUGCAGUGAAAAGUAACAGUCAAUUUAGGAAUUAACAACUGUGUUAAGUGUAUUUGACAUAAAUGAUUCUAGUCCGUAGCCACCAUUUCUUUUUGUAUUGUAUUUUAUUGUAUUGCAUAAUAAAUCAUUAAGUGAUAUAUAUGUAUUUUUGUCAGAAUGACUAGCUCUUUCGAGGUGUUGAUGAUGUUCACUCAAAACCGAAAC